AUCGGUAUUGACCAGAAAUCUCGUGGUAGAUUUUCUUCAUUCGCCGGGCUUUUCCAAAAAAAAAAAGAACAAAAAAAAAAGAAACUUUGAAUAUUUAAUAGAUUUUUGUUAGUUAUUUUUUUUUUCGUUGGUAACUUUUUGUGUCCCAGAACAACUUUUUGCCUACGAAAAAUAAACUCACAAGCAAUUUGUCUAACUAUUGUGGGCGGUUGAGGCAGUUUAUUAAACCAGAUUUACUGUUGCAUUUAAAGCUGAUGCUGCGGGUCGGCAAUUCGGUACAUUUGAACCGAUUUCUUUGUCAGUCUUACUUUAGACUCGAUGUGAUUAAGACGUGUAUCUGUGAGUUACAAGAUAAAAUAUCUAAAAGAAUGAAUGUGCCCAAAUUCCCCGGUAGAUUCUAAAGUAUUUAAAAAAAGUGAUUGUUGACAAAAGAAGGUUCUUCCUGGAAAAUUUCAUUAGUUUUUGGAUACAAUUUCGAAUGAGAGCAAAAGAAAAGUGGCGCCCAACAGUGAAUAUGCGUUAAGUGUUUUUUCCCUUUGAGUGUGUAUCUUAAUCUUGAAAAUCUUUAUAUCGAUUCUUUUGGAGUACAAUCUCAAAAUGAGUCUUGAAUAAAUUUUCCAUUUAAAUGAUACUCGCUGUAUCUUUUGGAGGUACCUAUAACGUUGACUAAGACGACGACGACGACUUUGUAACGUUUUUUUUUCGUGUGGGUUGAGACGAGUUUCUUUCUUGUCGCGAGUUCGUUUUGAAAAUUUGCAAAGGUUUCAGUUACUUACAUGGAUAUUCGUGUUUUUUUUGUUAAAGUUUCUUCAGUCUCAGUCUUUCGGAUGCAGAGGAAAUAAAUAAAAAAAAAAUAAAAGAAAAAAAUGAGUAGGCUCAAGAAGUCUAGAAGAGAAAAUGCAUUUUAACGAUAAAAAUUGAUAGUUUCAGUGUGUGUUGUUGUUGUCUGUGUAUCUUGGUAAUGAUUUAGUGAAUUAAACGAGCGUUAAAUUGUUUCAAUUAAUUGGCUUUAAAAAAAAAAAAUAAAACACAAACAAAAUAAAAAGUCUUAAAUUAAAAAAAAAAAUAAAUAUUCAAAUUCAAACCUACAACAACCGACUCGACGUGAGGAUUAGUCUGUUUUUGGUUGAAGCGUAAAUGGAUUUUGCGGUUUCAGUUUUGCAUCGCUGGUAAAUCGUGUGAAAAAAUUCAAAUGAAAAAUGGAUAAAUAUUGACUUCCGCAAAUAGCAGCAACAGCAACAGCCAGUAGUAGCAUAGUGGGCUGAAUUGAUUUGGUUGGCUUUUUUUGCGGUUUUCAUUGCACACUCUUUGAGGUAAAGGACAUCCUCCGAGACAAAGUGGCACAUCCUUAAGUAGUCCACUCCAAAAACGAACGGAAAAGUAGUCAUCACAAAAAGUUUUGCCAACAUGGUUUAACAGAAUCAGCACAAGUUUGGUCUGCUGACGAUAACAUUAUAUAUACAUCCAACAACAACAACAACUGACUGGAGAACAACAAAACAAAUGAAAAAGAUAGGGAUGAGAUGAGAGUCCUUAUAAUACGAAAAAGGCGUCAGGAUUCUAUCUCGAGUGAAUAUCAAUAUUGUGUCAUAGAGAACAAAACAAAAAAGAAAAACAAUAUUCAAAAAGAAGCAGGACACAAUGCAAACUGGCAAGCUCGAAUGACUGGCCUCAAUUCUACUUUUUGUUCUUCUUGUAUGGCUCCUGCUGUCUUCGUUUAACGUCGUUUUUGAAUAAACAAUACAUAAAAAACCGCCUUAAUUGGAGGCUUCUUUGGUCUUCUUGAUGAGGGCUCACCACUUAAUUUGGUAGUAGAAGGAGACGUCUAACAUAAAGAGUGCCUUUACUCUUUUCAACCUCUUUUGAUUCGUGCGAGGAAUAAAUAUUUGGGACAGAAAGAUACCUACACGUUUUAUUGUAUAGUAGACGUUGACGUCGUCGUUGUAGUAUAGUCAUCAGCACAGCCCUCAGGCUGACCUUUAUUUCAUUUAUUGCCAAAAGUUGGCAAACAAACCGCAUAUAAGUAAACAGAAAGAUGGCGAUGGAAUGGAUUACGGCCAUUGACAAAAGGCCUUGUGAUAGAAAUUUACGAGAUGCGGAGUUAAUAUCCUGCCGCUUGAGACGCGUUGAGCCACUAUGUCGUCUCCCGGGAUCAGCACUACAACAGCUAGCAAUGUGUGGAUUCUACGAGGAUCUGGAAAAAGGAGUUACCCUUUUUCGUGCUGGUGAACAGGGACGUUUCUGGUACGCUGUAUUGGGUGGCUCACUAGAGGUCAGAUAUCAUGCACCGGAUACUGAUGGCAAGGCACCAGUAACAUUAUGUAAUCUUGGCGUUGGAGCCACAUUUGGCGAAUCGAUUUUGCACGAUCUACCAAGAGAUAGUACGGUCGUUACGAAAACAACUUGCGAACUGCUGCGUGUGGAACAACAAGAUUUUCGCCUAAUUUGGGAGAAAAACAAAGAAUUGAUGAAUGAUAUAAUCACAAACUGUAAACUGAAAAAUGGUUUUGGGGCAAGUAUAUCAGCAGCGCCAGCGUCUCCAACAAAAAGGCCAUUAAGUCCGGAUCAUCCAAAUCCGGCACUUCCAAUUACAGAGGAUUCCAAAAUUGAAAAAGUCAAAAAACGAGAGGUUAAACACACGACUGGAUUGAGAAGGCGUUCGUCACCAAGUCCUGCUAUGUCCCGCAUGGGAUGGGCACUCAGAACUCUCCUGGUCACAGAUAGCUCAAGUUGUUUGAAAGAUAGAAAAGUAUCGGGCAAAUUAAUCAGGAAGUGUGCUCCAGGCACUGAAUUGGUCGAUUGGCUAUUGAAUCUGUCACCGAUUGUACACACCAGAGCCCAGGCGGCGGGCAUGUGGCAAGCUUUACUGGAAGAAGGAGUCCUUUCACAUGUGAACAAAGAGCAACCGUUUAAGGAUAAAUGUUUUUUGUAUCGAUUUCGUGUUGACGAGGACGGUACAAGUGGCGGAGCACCACAAACGGAUGAUGUUAAUGCAUCUAACGACCAUGUUCGUGAGGCAUUAGGAACACUCUUCCAACGAGGACCAGAUGCUACACUUCGCAUGAUUCUAAGAAAACCUUCACACGAACGAAGUCCUGAAGAAUUGGAAUUGGUAUUUGAAGAACUUUUACACAUCGCAGCACUAUCACAUCUCUCGACGAGCAUCAAAAGGGAGCUAGCAUCUAUAAUCGUAUUCGAGUCACAUGCACAAGCUGGAACUAUUUUAUUUAAUCAAGGUGACGAAGGUAGAUCCUGGUAUAUAUUAUUAAAAGGAUCCGUUGAUGUUGUCAUUCAUGGCAAAGGAACAGUAGCAACACUCAAGACUGGUGAUGACUUUGGUAAACUCGCUCUGAUAAACGACGCACCGAGAGCUGCUACAAUAGUACUAAAAGAAAAUAAUUGCCACUUACUGCGUGUGGAUAAGGAGCACUUUAAUCGAAUCCUUCGGGAUGUUGAAGCAAAUACACUAAGGUUACAGGAGCAUGGAAAGGAUGUAUUAGUAUUGGAAAGGGUAGCUAAACAACGAGGACAACAUUCAGCAUUUAAGUACACAGUGAUGUCGGGAACACCGUCAAAAAUGUUAGAACAUCUUCUGGAGACAAGAUUGGGUGGACAAGUUGUGGGAAUAGAUCCAUUCUUAGAUGAUUUCCUGCUGACGCAUAUAGUUUUUAUGCCUGUAGUUCAACUCGUUGAUGAGUUGGUUAAUUACUUCCAUUGUGAGAAUGUAGGUGGCGGUGGCAAUGCACCCGAAGACCGAGAAUACAAUUUAAACUUCAAAAAACGAGUAAUACAAUUCGUACAAAAAUGGGUAAUGGCUGUGCGUCAUGCUGCAUUCGAGGAAACUGUUGUCUGUGAUUUUAUUGAGGACUUGGCUGCUGAUGUCGAAGCUGAUCCAGAUUUAAACGAGGAAACUAGCAUCGUUCACAAUAUUCUCACCCAACUGUCACGCUACCAAGAGGACCGAACUGCCAAUACUGGACAAAAAUGGAAACUACCACCAAAUGGUCAACCGAUUUGUCUGUUCAGUGGGAAUACUACAACCUCGAGGACCGUAAUCCGGCCCGACGAUGACAUUAUCUUCCGGGUGUAUUGUGCUGAUCACACUUACUGCACCCUACGCUUUCCACUGCACACUACGGCUGGUAUAAUAAAAGCAUGUGCCGCCGAUAAGCUGCAACUGAAUCGAGGACCCGAUGACCUGGCGCUUGUCGAAGUAAAAUCGAAUGGAGAGCGUUCGAAAUUUAAGGAUAACGAUGUUAGCAUUCCAACGGGAUUAAGUCUUAAUGGCCGCCUCUUUGUUUCCGUUAAGGAUCACCUAGACGCUCUGACUCCAUUGCCUGAACAAGAAGGACCUACCGAAGGAGUCGAUGUGGAUCUAGAAAUUAUAAGUACCAAAGAACUGGCUUACCAUAUAACAAUUUUCGACUGGGACUUGUUUUGGGCCGUGCACGAGUAUGAGUUGUUAUAUCAUACCUUCGGAAGAUAUCAUUUUGGGAAGAUAACAGCGAACCUUGAUGUUUUUCUAAGACGCUUCAACGAACUCCAAUAUUGGAUUGUCACAGAAAUUGUUUCCACAUCGAGUAUGAGUAAACGUGUCGGUCUACUUCGAAAGUUCAUCAAACUAGCUGCAUAUUGCAAGGAAUACCAAAAUCUAAAUGCAUUCUUUGCCAUCGUCAUGGGUCUCUCCAAUAUGGCUGUAUCCCGAUUGCAAUUGACAUGGGACAAAAUUCCCUCGAAAUUUCGCAAACUCUUUCAAGAGUUCGAAGCUCUAAUUGAUCCAAGUCGAAAUCAUCGAGCGUACCGAGUGUUUGUGGGAAAAUUGCAACCACCAGUCAUACCAUUUAUGCCAUUAUUACUAAAGGACAUGACAUUUGCCCAUGAAGGCAAUAAAACCAGCCUCGAUGGGCUGGUCAAUUUCGAAAAGAUGCACAUGAUGGCCCAAACGAUGCGAACGAUACGUUUUUGUCGGUCACGAAGUCUUGGUCUGGAACCACCAUCACCAAAGACUGAAGGAGAAAUACGUUCGUUUAUCAGUUGUUUACGUGUCAUCGAUAACCAGAGAGUUCUAACAGCAAUGUCACAGAAAAUUGAACCAACUAGAAAAAUGAAUUAAGAAUUUUAAGAAUUUUUUUUUUUUGUUCGUUUAAGUGAAAGUAUGAAAAGGAAUUUAAAAAAAAAACUUCAAUCAAAGAAUUAUAAGACCUCUUGAUUUCAGCUUC